CAUUAAAUCACUGUUUAUCUAUAUUUUUAUUCCUUUAAUGUCAUUCCGAAAUGAGAAAAACUAAGAAAUAUAAUAGUAAAAAUAAAAAAAUAUUAACAAAAAAAAUAAAGAAAAAGAAAUUCGAAAACCCCGUUAACAAAAAAAAAUUAUUUAAUAGAUAUAAAGAUAAACAAAAAGCAGAAGAGGAUUUAAAGAAAAAAAAGUGGGAUAGAAUACUUCAGGAAAGGCAAACUAUUUAUUCUGACACCGAGGGUGAGGAUGAAGAUGCAUAUGUACAACUGGUAUCUAGUUUCACUACUAAAAAAGACAAGGUCGCUGUAGAUAGUGAGGAAAAUUCCAGCAGUGACAGUUCUGAUUCUGAAGAUAUUAGAGAAACUGAUAAUAAUUUCGAGCAACAAAAUUGCUCACAUAAACAUCUGCGUGCUACAGCAAUAUUAAAUGAAGAAAAACAUGAAUCUGAAUUGGUAGAGGAUUCUGAUGAAGAUGAUAUUGAGACAGAACAGGAUAGCAAUAAUGAUCCUUUCACUAGACACCUACAACAUGAUUUAAGUGAUGAUUUCUUAAUUUCCCUCUCAAAUAAUUCACCAAAUGUAGAUCAAACCACCAAACUCUGGCCUGUACUUGGUAACUUUUCUAUUACAAUACCAAAACCAGUAAACAGUAAUCUAAAGAGAGCUGCACCGAAGAUCUCAAUAUUAGAAGAAAAAACUUAUGCUCCUUGUGCAUCAGCUCCACUUCCCAUCGGUAACAUAGACUUUAAGCAACUAUAUUUAAAGUCACAAAUUCAUGGGAACAUUACAUCUGCUAAUAAAAUCAAUUUAAUUAAAAAAGAUUUAGAAUUGACAGAAGUGUUAACACCUUUGCAAAAGGAGCUCUUUGCUAUUAUAAAUAAUUAUCAAGAUUUGUAUUACCCUGAAAGGACAUUUAUAAAUGCAGAUGAAAUACGGUAUAUUUAUUGUCUCCAUGUUGUAAAUCACAUGUUAAAAACACGAACCAAAAUUAUACACCACAAUGCAAAGUUAUUAAAAAAAUCUAACAUAUCUGAUGAAUAUCGAGAUCAAGGCUUGGUCCGGCCAAAGGUUAUAAUAAUGGUUCCAUUCAAAGAUGCAGCUUAUAGGGUUAUUAAAACCAUUAUUGACAUUUUAGUACCAAAAGAGGCGGGACAAGUACUUAAUAAAAAUAGGUUUGAAGAUGAUUUCACUGGCGGUGAACUGGCAAUGCCUAAAAAGAACCCUAAACCAGAAGAUUAUGAACUAUUAUUUUCUGGUAACACUGAAGAUACUUUUCGUCUUGGGAUGACUGUAACUAAGAAGACACUAAAGCUAUACACAGACUUUUAUUCAUCUGAUAUUAUAGUGGCUUCACCUCUUGGAUUGCGAAUGAUAGUUGGAGCGGAAGGGGAGGAAGAUCGCGAUUAUGACUUUUUGGCUUCUAUAGAAUUGUUGGUGAUGGACCAAGCUGAUGUAUUCUUAAUGCAAAAUUGGGACCACUUGUUGCAUGUUUUGGAUCAUUUCCAUUUACAACCUAAAAAAACUCAUGGAACAGAUUUCUCUAGAGUUAGAUCUUGGGCUGCAAAUGGAUGGUCGAAAUACUACAGGCAAACAUUGGUAUUUUCUUCCUUAUUGUUGCCAGAAAUAAAGGCUGUUAUGAAUAGGAAAUGCUACAACUAUGCUGGGAAAGUUUUAAUAGCUAAUCUCAUUGAGGUGGGCACCAUACAGCAAGUGUUAAUACAAGUACCGCAAAUAUUCUAUAGGUUCAGGGCCACCAAUCCAUUGAAUUCGGUUGACGAACGGUUUGAUUACUUCAUUAAAGAAAUUUUACCAAAACAACGUGACACAUUAAUGAGUCAUACACUCUUAUACAUACCCAGUUAUUUCGAUUAUGUUCGCAUUCGUAAUUAUUUUAAAAAGGAAGAUAUUAGUUUUGUACAGAUAUGUGAAUAUUCUAAGGAUUCCAAAACGGCAAGAGCACGUGACAUGUUCUUCCACACCGAAGCUCAUUUCUUAUUGUACUCUGAGAGAGUUCAUUUUUUCAGAAGAUUUCGUAUUAAGGGCAUUCGUCAUAUAAUAUUCUAUCAGCCGCCUACAUAUCCUCAUUUUUAUUCAGAAAUGUGUAAUCUUAUGCAGGAGUGUAAUCAAAACAAGUACGGCGGUAGCGAGUGUAACAUGACGGUGUCAGUGGUGUUCAGUGCGUACGACGCUGCACGCCUCUCUGCUGUACUGGGCACUCAGCGCGCCGCCCGCAUGUUGCAUGCUGACAAGCCCGUGCAUAUGUACAUGACGGGGGACUAAUGAACAUACGUAUACAAUUUAUGUACUUCAGUCUGAAGAAUCGCGCUUACAAUUAUGACGCGCUCGUCAUCCUUCUGCGGCUGAGCGCCGUGCAAUAUUGUUCAUCUGUCGCGCAUUACGUUUGCGCGUGAAAACUACUUUUGUUAUAAUAAAAUACCCUUAUACACAACAAACCGAAUAUAAAUACAGUCCCUAGUACCAUACCUAAGAUACUUAUAAACAUGCAUUUAUUUUUACCUACUUUUACUAUAAUUGUACUUGCGUACUUAGCAACUUUGUUAUAAUAUAAUAAUAUCUCAGGACAAUAUCAUACAGGGUCAUCUAGGUCCAAACUAAGCAUAGAUUGUGUUAUGGGUAGGUACUAGACAACUGAUAUAAAUCUUUAGAUACAUGUUUUGUAAUACGUAUAUAUACAUAAUACAUUCAAUUAGUUAUUUAGAAAUAUUAGAAAUUAUGUAAACUUUAUUUAAACAAGAAAUUAUUAAUGUACAUGUUGUUACCAAAUUAUCUGCUUUUUUAAAAAUUAUCAAUCUGCUUUUCUUUCUAUAGGACACAGAUUUUAAAGUAUACAUUUCUAUAAUGAUGGAAUUUUGUAUCCAUGUUGUAUUUUUUUUUCAGAUAAGUAAAAUAAAUGCAAAUAAUCCCACUUGAUUUACGCAAUUAAAAUAUUAGUUACCGCUUCAGUCGCAGUGGUGGUGGAAGUCGCUUAAUUAGUUACUGUAAUACCAAUAAUCAAACGAACUUAAGACCUAAAUAAAGAACAAUUUAGAAGUGGCUCGCAUUAAUAAGUUUAGACCCGACAGCCCGCACCGAGGACGCUGUUCAAUUGGCAUGUUAAUUUCCAAAGUAGACAGGACUUAGCAACCAAUGCGGGUCUGAAUUUGAUAAUGUGAGCUCCCUCAUGUAGAGAAGACAUUUAGUAUGAGAUAUAUUUUUUAAUUUUAAUAUUUUGAUGCUUCUAAGGCCAAACUCCUUUAACAUCGUAAUAUAAUAUAUAACUACCCUGCUCCAGGCUACAGGGCACAGGAGCACCCUUAAAAUAUAACUAUUAAAAAACAUGCAUCUGGUUUCAAAAGUGAUAAAUGUGAGUAAUAUGUGUUACGAAUAUCUGUUUCAUUAGAAAUAAUUAAAAUCUCACUUUCGUUAUAAAAAUAUAUUAAAUGAAAAAUGUUAAUAUUUGAUUGUAUCUUAUUU